AUGAUACCCAAUCCGAGCAACGCGCGCGCAGUCGUGGGAUCGACGGUACCUCUGGCUGACAACGUCGGUUCGUGGGGUCUCCCCGAGGUCUUUCAACAGCUUUCCUUUAUCAACAGAGCGGAAGAGAUGGUAGCGAAAAGGUUACUGGGAGAAUACGUUCAUCUUCCAAACAGUACACUUGAGCAGGUAGCAAGGGAGAAGGAACGAUCCUUCAAUCACCCAGGGUUGCAAGCUUUGAGACAAGAGCAGACAGAACUGCGUGGAAGAGCUAUGGAUUUGUCGCGCAGAGGCAUACGGCAGAUGCACAUUUCAGACUUGCCCGAGGAGUUACUGUACGACAUCUUCGACCGCGUUGCCGAUCAUUGUAAGCUUAGUGAGCAGCAAGCAGCCGUCAUAGCGAACUCACGGCUUGUAUGUCGUCAGUUCAACCAGAUUGCGUCACGUUUACUAUGUCAAACGUUGAGAGUGCGGCUAGAUCGGGAGUCUGUUGACAGCGCAGUCGAGCUCAUGCAAAACCCGCUUAUUGCCAGCGGGGUCCGUGAAGUAGAGCUGGAGCUGAGUUAUCGUCCUAGGGAGCUCGCGACCAACCUGCACCGGUACACCAGUCAUUUCAAAGAAACCCUAGAACUGUGUGCCUUGGAGUGUGACGACUAUCUCCAAGGAUGGGAGCCUGGCGUCUAUGAAGGCCCCGUAUGCUGCAAACAGCCUUUUGAGGAAUACAAGAAAGCCUCGGAUAACUACGCUGUGAUUGACCGGGCUUGGGGAGAGUACUUGAGUCCCUCGAUCAACCUACAAGAUUGCGAUGAAAGGGUUGUACAGUAUCAGCGAAUCAUCGGCCAAAGUUACGUGGCGUAUCGUGGAAAGCAUGAGGAGCAGCUUUCUUUACUCAAGGAGGGUUCGUUUGUGACAGAUGUCGUUAAUCUGAUCGCUGCACUACCCAAAAUGACACGAAUAUGGUUUACUGAUAAACCGAAAUUUGGCGGGCCCAACAGCUGUUUUUCGUGGCCCUGGUACUGCUGCGGGGGCUCGAGUGGUCCCAGCACGUAUCUCAACGACAGAGAAAAAUUGCAAGAGUUCCUCCAGGGUACACAGACGUGGAGCGAAAUUGAGUCCAGGCUUACCCCUGAUGCCGAACUCAUGCCAGCCAGGAUCCUGGUGGAAGUGCUCAUUGGCAUUGGUGCAUGUGGUGUUCUUCCAACUCUCAUCCAAAUCAAAUGCUUCCCUCGGAGGACGAGCCCCAAGAUUGUCACCCCGGAAUCCUGGAAUAACCUACAGACGGCAUCUAGAAGGCUGGAAGUCGUUUUGUUUGCCGACAAAGAGUGGCGUGCAGAAGGUCCCAUCUCACCGGGUUGCCAGGACUUUGUUGACGCAUACCUAGGCGCUAUUCUCUCUGGGCCGCGUCUGGAAAGGGUUGUUGUCAGGCUUCCAGCGCCGCAGCCCAUGAGUAUUGUAAGUUCCCCACUAGGUACAACCAUCAGCACCAUCCAUACCUCGCGUCUCGUUCAACUAUCGUUGUCCGACAUUUCGAUGACCCAGAACGACCUGGAGACCCUCUGCCGAAAGCUUGGGGACAGCAUGGAGAGUGUUACCCUCACAGACAUUGUUCUAUCUCAAGGAAGCUGGGCAAAUCCAAUAGAAAUAUUACAUCACAAGCUGUCGAAGAGAUGCCAGGACCGAAAGUGCUAUUUCACGUUUUGGUCCCCCGAGGGUGGCGAAUUUGGCCGUAAACCUAGGGGUAUGGGUCGCGGGUCUGGGCAUGAGUUUUACAAGCUUGGGAUCCCAUUGGCAUCGAAAUGUGAUCAAUACGUCAUGGGCGAUGAGAGGGUGACAGAGAAUCCAUUGCGAACAACCGUGGCGGAGAUGUGA